AUGGCCGCCCAGGUAGCUAAGCCUCACGUCGAGGUCAAGACGACCAAUCGUCCCGAUGAGUGGAAGAUUGAGCAAGGACUUGCUGGGGCCGAGCUCCCGGUCCUUGAUAUGACGAAGGACCAGACGGAGCCUCUGAUUCCUCAAACGUUUGGCCCUACGACUAUAGAUCGGGAAGCGAUCAAGUCUGUGGGCGACCCUAACAAGCUGUUCACCAGAGAGAGAGAAGGCUGGACGGGGUUUGUCGAGUGGGAGAAUUAUCCCGAGAAAAAGGCAGCCGCUCACAAGAUCCUGACGUCGCAAACCUUCCCCCCUAAUCCGGAAUUCCAGCUCGGUCCCAUCCCCGGAACCAAUCCUGUUCUUCCCGGCACUCACUGGAAGAUGUGGCAUCAUGCCGUUGGUGGCGAACUCACCAACAUCCCCGAAGACUCUUGGUCCACCGUUCUCAAGGAGAAGCAUCCCGACAUGCUUCACCUCUUGCAGUUCCCGUACAAUGGAGAGCCUCCCAAACGCCUGGUCACCGACAAGGAGAUCACCCCUAAUCCUCUCCAUUUUGUGAGAAACCACGGAGGGAUCCCUCUGAUUGACAAGGACAAGUACAGCUUCGUCUUGGAUGGUCUCGUCGCGAAGCCACGCGAGUACACCCUAGACGACCUUAUGGACGAGUCGAGGUUUCCGCGCAUGGAAAAGAUCAUUACCAUGCAAUGCUCUGGAACGCGCCGCAUUGAGCAGAUUCUUAAGUAUCCCGGCCAGGGCGAUGAAGUUCCCCAGGCGCCAUGGGCAGAGGGCGCUAUUGGAACUGCUCGGUAUCUUGGAAUUAGCCUCAAGAAAGUGAUCAAAGAAUGCGGAGGCCUUAUUGACGGCGCCAAGCACCUCGAGUUCUACGGCGCCGACACUUACUUCAAGGACGACAAGACGAUGAACUAUCUCGUCAGUAUCCCAUGGUCCAAGGUCAAGGCAAACGAAGUGAUGCUCGCCUGGGAGAUGAAUGGCGAGCCUCUCCCCGCCAUCCACGGGUUUCCUCUCCGCAUCAUGGUCUUUGGCUAUAUCGGCGCCCGGAGUGUCAAAUGGCUCUAUCGCAUCAAGGCCAUCAAGGAGCCUUCUCGAGCACCGGUCCAAAGCCAGGAAUAUCUGUACUUCCCCCAGCAAGUCGGCAAGCACAACUUCAAGCUCACCGACGGCAUUCAAAUCCAGGAAAUGCCCGUCAGCUCCGCCAUCAUGUCGCCGUGGCACAAGCAAGUCUGCAUUCACAACGGCAAGAUCAGGUGCAAGGGCUGGGCGUACUCUGGCGGUGGACGGUGGCCUGAGCGAGUUGAGCUGUCAUCUGACGGGGGCUUCAACUGGUACACCGUCCCCGUCGAUAAGCUCUCCAAGAAGAGGAGAUGGACAUGGCGCACGUGGGAGUUUGAGCUUCCUUGUGAUCCCGAGGGCUGGGUCGAGAUUGUGUGUCGUUGCUGGGACAAUGCUUUGAACACGCAGCCGCCCGAUGUGCGAACAGCCUGGAACUGGGGCUUGCAUGUCACGAGUUCGUGUCAUCGAAUCUCGGUCUACAGCGUCAACAAGAGCCGUCCGUUGACCAAGGCCCGUCUUGAUGAGUUUGAGAAGGCGGGGAUUCCGUUUGGGCCGAUUACUGUGCCGCUUGCUUUUCCUGCUCAGACUUGGGAGGACUAUGAGAAGUAUUGGAAGACUCAUGAUCCCCGUGAUGCCGAGGAUGACUGA